GUCUUUUUCUUUAAGUUCUACCAGGUUCUUCUUUAUCAAUAAUUAUUUUCAAAUGUCCCAAGAUCCUUCAAUUGAAGCUUUGCAACGUGCCUUCCAAAACAUUGACUUUGCCAAACUCGUCAAGGAAAGUAUGGCUUCCAAUGCAGUUGCUGAGUCUAACCCCGAAUCUCCAACCUUGAAUGCCACUCCAAAUGCUGAAGUUUUUGACGACUCGUUCUUUGCUAAGUAUGCCGACGAGUAUAUUGAAUUUACAUACAAGAACCCAACCAUCUAUCAUGUUGUUAAAUACUUCAGUGAUAAGUUAAAGGCUCAGGGGUUUGAAUACCUUUCAGAAAAAGAUUCCUGGACCGAUGUCAAACCAGGAAAAUACUUCACUAGCAGAAAUGGGUCCUCUCUUAUUGCUUUCACCAUUGGGAAAAAUUGGAAACCUUCCAAAGGUCUUGGUGUCAUUGGGUCUCAUAUUGAUUCUUUAACUGUGGCCUUAAAACCAAGUUCUAUUAAGAAUAAGGUUGAUGGUUAUGACUUGCUAGGAGUAGCCCCAUACGCCGGGACAUUAUCUGAUGUUUGGUGGGAUCGUGACUUGGGUAUUGGUGGUCGUCUUAUUGUGAAAAAGGACAAUAAAGUCACCAGUACAUUGGUGGAUAGCUCUCCUCAUCCAAUUGCCCAUAUUCCAACGUUGGCUCCACAUUUCGGAGCUCCCGCAGUUGGUCCUUUCAAUAAGGAAACCCAAGCCGUACCAGUUAUUGGGUUCUCAAGCGAACCAGAUGCCCCCGCCACUGAACAAGAGAAAAAGGCACCGUUAUAUGGUAAACAUCCAAUCAAGUUAUUGAGAUACAUUUCUAAAAUAUCCAAUACUCCAAUUGAAGAUAUCUUACAAUGGGAUUUACAAUUAUUUGACGUUCAAAAGGGAGCUUUGGGUGGAUUGGAUAAUGAGUUCAUUUUUGCUCCAAGAAUUGAUGAUCGUGUAUGUUCUUUUGCUGCCAUCUAUUCAUUACUUGAAGCCGACAAGAAAAAUCUCCUUCCGGAUGAUAAUUUUUCUAUCGUUGGUUUAUUCGAUCACGAAGAAAUUGGCUCGGGCUCAAGAACUGGUAUUAGAGGUCAAUUAUUUGAAUCUACAGUUUCCAGAGUUGUUUCUUCCGAUUACUAUAAUCCAAAUCUUUCCGAUGUAAGUGAUGCUUUAGCUAUUGCAUAUGCCAAUACGAUCAUUUUAUCUGCGGAUGUAAAUCAUUUGGUUAAUCCAAACUUCACUGGCUACUACUUGGAAAAUCAUAAACCAGUUCCUAAUAAAGGUGUCACCAUUGCUUUCGAUACCAAUGGUCAUUUCGCUACUGAUUCUUUAGGUACCUCCUUAUUAGAAGAAUUGGCUCGCUUAAAUGAUGACCAACUUCAAUACUUCCACAUCAGAAACGACUCCCGAAGCGGGGGUAGUAUUGGUCCUUUGAUCUCCUUGCAAACUGGUGCCCGUACAAUUGAUUUGGGUAUUCCUCAAUUGUCAAUGCAUUCAAUUAGAGCUACCGUUGGCUCUAAAGAUAUCGGUAAUGGGAUUAAGUUUUUCUCUGGUUUCUUCAAAAACUGGAGAAAGACUUACGACACUUACCAAGACUUGUAACUCCCAUCUUCAAAAACGCUUUCCAGCUCUCA